AGGAUGCGAUUGAAGUGAGUCGGUGUGUUGGGAUAGAGGAAUAGAGUACGCCAUCGAUUCAUGAUUGGAAAUCAAUUCUGCGAUUUGUAAUCACAAAAGCCAUCACAGUCAUAGCAAGAUUCAAUUACGCGACUCUAAUCUCCGAGAAUACUUAGAAUGGGAUGGAAAACCUCAACAUCGGCCGGCGGACAGAAAUCCGAGACGGGACAAGAGUCGGCUUCUGGAUGGAGCCCCGCCCGCCCGAUCCAGAGGUUGCGGUAGUUGCCCCUCGCCAGGACCUUCCCCCGCACCCGCUCCUUUUCUAUGACGACCCUGGAAGAGAAUUUCGAUCAGCUUGCCAAAGUGGCACGGAGCGUUCAUUUUGUGUAUAUAAGGCAUAGGACGAGAAUUACUUUCCUGGCUUUCUCAACUUUAUCUACAAGCUUUGUUCUGUUGGUUCCUUUUCCUCACUCUCUCUUCUAGACAAUCAUCAUGGCCUCCAAAACCUGGAACGUCGGUAUCGUAGGCUAUGGCUUCAGCGCCAAAAUCUUCCACAUUCCCUUCGUCGCAGAAGUCCCUCAAUUCAAACUCUAUGCUAUUGUGCAGCGCACACCCAAGCCCGAGGACGAUGCCGAGAAAGACCACCCUGGAGUCAAGUCUUAUCGCACCGCUGAGGACAUGAUCAAGGAUGCUGCGGUCGACGUUGUGAUCAUCACCACUGCCCCUGACUCGCAUUAUGCUCUGGCGAAGCUGGCUCUGGAGAACGGCAAACACGUUGUUUGCGAAAAGCCCUUCACUCCCACCUCGCAGGAGGCCAAUGACCUCGUUACCCUUGCGCAGCAGCAGAACAAGCUGUUGGCCGUAUUCCAGAACCGCCGAUUCGAUGCCGACUUUGUCACGUUAACCAAGCUGGUGAAGAACGGCUCGCUUGGCCGAGUUGUCGAAUUCGAGACUCACUUUGACCGUCACCGGCCCGAGGAGCCCGCCGCCGAUGCUUCGAAAUGGAAGAACAAGGUCAUCCCGGGUGGCAGCGCCAUCUACGAUCUCGGGAGCCAUCUACUCGAUCAGGCUGUUCACUUGAUGGGAAUGCCGGAUCGGAUCACAGGGUUCGUUGGCUCUCAGAGGGCUAUGAACACGACAGGUUUUGAGGACUCGUUCACUGUUCUGUUGCACUAUAACAAUGGACUUCUUGUAACCGCCAAGGCGGGUGUUGUGAGCCCUGAGGAGAAGCAGUUGCGGUACUGGGUUCGAGGUGAGAAGGGUAGCUUCAAGAAGCUCCACCUCGAUAUUCAGGAGGACCAGCUCAAGGCUGGAAUGAGACCCGGAGACAACGGAUACGCUCGGGAACCUAGUGAUAGAUACGGAACCCUGACCACCAUCCAAGACGGCAAGCCUGUCGCUGAGAUCUUCCCAACAGUUGAACCACCUACAUACACCGAAUACUAUCGGAAGCUUGCCCGUGCUCUUGCCGGAGAAGGCGAUCUUCCGGCCAGUGGUGCCGAGGCCGCCAAAGUCAUCAGAUUGAUUGAGCUGGCGAAGGAGAGCUCGAAGCUUGGCAAGACAAUUGACGUUUGAAUUCAAGCAAAAUGUACGAUUUAGGCCGCGGCGUGUAUUGAUCUUGAAAAUAGAUAGCAGUGAUGACUCUCUGAAAUCCUACGCCCUGAGCUUAUUACCAA